AUGCUCAACCUGCGCUUCUGCAUGGCGUACUGCGAGCUGGCGCUGAUGCUGCCGGCAGAAGGCGAAGACGAUGAGGACGAGGACGACGUCGUGGGCUGGAGGCGCCGGAUCUUCCGCGAGGAGCUGGAGGGUUUCCACCAACUGGUUGUCAACGGCGUCACGCUCGACGACGUCACGGCCCGCGCGCGUGCAAGUCUCCGCUUGGCGUGGCAGGACUGCGUCGGGUCUGAAGAGCAGCAGGACGUGAGCGACGAGAACUGGGCGCGCGUUGCGCCGCAGGACGCGCGCGUCGGCAUCUUGAACGAUCUGCAGCUCGUGGCGCCCGGAAUCUGGAUCGGGUCCACGGACACGCUCAAGUUCUCGGAGCUGCUGGACGAGAGGGACAUCCGACACCUCGUGUACUGCACCACGACGCAGCAGGAGACGCGGAUGACCCCCAACGAAGACGGCGGCCACGUCGUGGAGCUCUUCGACCUGCCGCGACAGCAGUUCGAGGACGCUCUGGCCAGCAGCGACGGCCUGGAGCAACUCAAGACGCUGUCGGCCCCGUCCUGCAAGGCGAUGGCGAGUAUCGCGUCCACACUCAGCAGCUUCAUGGGCUCCAACUCUCGAGCCAACGGCCCGCGCAGACCGGGGGACGGCGGCGUGCUGCUGUACUGCGCUAGCGGCCUCUCCGCGUCCAUCGCGCUGUGCGCCGCGCUGCUCAUGACUCGGUACCGGCUGCCGCUGGAGCUGGCCAUGGCCUUGAUCCGAGCCGCGCGCCGCGACAUCUCACCUUCGAAGCACCUGCAGCUGCAGCUCGAGCUCUUG